UGUCUUCUCUACGGGAUUCAGUGUUGCCAUAAUUAUAUGCGUGUGGGCACCCACCGGCAGAAACAUUAAUCAGCGCAUAUGCCAAGUUUGCCAAUAAAUGAAAAUCAAUAUUUACAUAGCGUAGUAGUUGUAAAAUUAUCUGUUUCACGUGUCCCGCAUUGUCCCGCAAAAUCACAUCUACUAUCCUGCAACAGAUCAAUAGCCAGGUGGUCACCCUAGCUGCAUUACAAUUAUUCAGUCUAUUAGAAUGUUAUGGAGAUAACUUGGGAAUGUUAUGUUAAAGGUGCAAUGUGUAAAUUUUAGGGGGAUCUAAAUGCAAAAUAAUAUACAUAACUAUGUUUUCAGUUGUGUAUAAAGACCUUACAUAAUGAACCAUUAUGUUUUUAUUACCUUAGAAUGAGCCAUUUCUAUCUACAUACACCGCGGGUCCCCUUACAUGUUAAGUCACCAUUUUGCGCCGGCAUGUUUCUACAGCAGCCCUAAACGUACAAACUGCUCUACAGAGCGCGUUUGAUUGAGUUACUCUCUUCUGUCUCAGGCGACGACAUAUUUGUCCUGUGUUGGCCACCGUAGCUUCUUUAUAUUGCUAUUCGCAACCUCAUCGCUAGAUGCCGCUAAAAGUUACACACUGCACCUUUAAACACAUGAAUUCACGACAAAGAAAUGUGGAACAUUUGUACUUUCUCUGUGCAGUUCAUGGCACUGAUGUUUUCUGCCCAGAAACAAGUGAUCUCAGUUCUGAUGAGCUUCUGAUUGGUUGUCUGGGUGUGAGGUUCAACUGGCUGUACUCCGUGUUUGAUGACCUGCGGUCAGUGCUGGAAUUUGCGGUCAAUCUGCGGUGUGAGACUGGACUUUGUCCCGCGGACAUUCAGAACCACGGACAUUACUGCAGCAACGCAAACACACGGGACACCGCACACACACACAUACAGCCUGCCGACACACUCGACCGGUGUUGUCUUAACCACUGGAGAUGUUCUCGAGAGCUAAAGGAGAGAAACUGCAGUCGCAGGACACCAAUGUACAACAACUACACCUGCAGCUACAACUCCAGCUGUGAUAUGUUGGAUUUCUGUGAGGAAGGAUUCUGCCAUUGUGAUUGGACAGUUAUAGACUGCAUCAGUUCCAACCAUCCAGCCCCAAAACAGGAUGGAGAUAACCGACCAAUCACAUCACAGACAGUCUCUCCCUUUGUGACAGAUAUACCUGAUAAUGACACCUACACCAGUGAUGUGCACAAUGGAACAGACAGGGCGGAGCUUUCUUCAUCAGACAUCGACAUGGAGAUCACGUUCUAUGUAAAUGGCACACUGAAUGAGACUAUGAGCAACUUCACCAAUGAAUUGGUGCUGGUCAACAGCUCUCAGAGCAGCAAUAUCCAGAGCACAAAGUACCCUGGGAUAUAUCAUUCAGGUCCAGAGGAAGAAGAGAAUGAAGCAGAGGAGAGAGAGUUGGACAGAAACUCAGAGAAGGGAACUACAGUUGAGAAAAAGGAAGAGGAGCCAAUAGAAUAUGAGGAUGGGGUCUCCCAUGGUAAGAGUUAGUGUUUUUUACAGCUAAAUUGGGUAACAGCCUCAGAUGCACUGUUGGUUUGUGCAUUUUGAGCUUUUAGCCACUCACAAACAAAUUCAUCUCAGUUUGUACAUCAAGGACUUCUUUUAAAUUCCAGCACACUUUCACUUUUCAGCUUACUGUUCAAAAACACUUGAUCAAAUGAUUCUAAAUGAAGACAAGCCUUUAAACCCACACAGUUUGAAAUCAACUGAGGCUCUUAACAUUUAUAUUGCAUUCAUUUUUGCUGGCUUCUUCUAGUUCUUAGUUAAGCGAUUUAAAAGAAAGAAAGAAAGAAAGAAAGAAAGUCUAUAUACAGUGGCUAAAGAUGUAAAUUAAGAACCAACGGCAAAAAGUGAACACCAAGUAUCAGCAACAAAAUUAAUUUAGAACAAUAAUUUUUCAAAAUAAUAUAAAUAAAUUUAAAUGGACAGUUCACCCAAAAAUGAAAAAUCAGUCAUUUACUCACCCUAAUGUUGUUCCAAACCUGCAUAACAUUCUUUCUUCUGCACAACACAAACGAAGAUAUUUUGAAUACUUUUGAUACUUUUCGAUAUUUUGAUACUUUUUCUCAAAUUUUUCCUCACUUGAUCUUGUCUACCUUGGUAAGCAGGUUUCACAAAUGAAAGCUGCCACUUCCAUAGUUGAUCCCAUACCUACCGGUUUGUUUAAAUCGUGUUUCACUUCUCUAUGCCCUGUUGUCCUGAGUAUAAUAAAUGACUCUCUGCGCAUGGGUGUUGUGCCUGCUGCACUUAAAUUUGCUGCUGUAACACCUGUACCAAAAAAGACUAACGUAGACUGGGACGACCUCAAUAAUUUUCAUCCCAUUUCCAAUUCUCCUUUUCUUGCUAAAUUGCUUGAGCAAAUUGUGGCUUCUUAAUUAUACACUCACCUCACUUUCAACAAUCUUUUGAGCCCCUCCAAUCUGGCUUCAGCAAACUACAUCGUACUGAAACAGCAUUAGUUAAGGUCACAAAUGACCUGUUAAUCGAUCUGGCUGUCUUUCAAUUCUGAUUCUUCUCGAUCUCAGUGCAGCUUUUGACACAGUAGAUCAUUUUCUUUUACUCACUCAUUUGGAAACUGUUUUUGGUGUUACUGACACUGUAUUAAACUGGUUCAAGUCUUUCCUCUCAGAUUGUAGGCAGUUUGUGUCCCUGGGGGGAUGCAGGUCCAAAGUUGGUUCAGUGGAAUUUGGUGUUCCCCAGGGAUCAGUUUUGAGUCCCUUACUUUUUAGUAUGUGGGUCGAUGACAUGACGGGUCAUUUUUUUUUUGUCCAAAGGCCUUAAUAAUAAUAAAAAACAAAGAUAUGACAUCCAAAGUAUGUAAGGUAGUACAACUAGAUCUCUUUUAUCGAAUCCAAAAGGUUUUAAUUAUAUUUUGCUACAUAUAAAGGUAUUUUAAAGAUUUUGAAGUGUCAAAAGGUCAUUCGGUUUAACCGUCCAAAGGCCAAUACAGCCGUUUCAUUUUUGAUUAAAACAUCUUAAAAAUGUAAUAAAUGUAUAUAUUUUUUAUUCUGGCAUAAUUUUAUAACAUCAUAUAUCAACAUAGUGCAAAAUGGUAUUAAAAUUAUGUGUAGAAGUCAUUGCUUUGUUAUGAGAAAGAAUGUCCAGAAAAAUGAAUUUCAUUGAUGUUAUUCGGAGUAACCAAUGUAAAAAAAACACAUUUUGGAUCAAGUGGUCAAUAUCAUGUGACAGGAUGUGACAUCACCUGUUAAGGACCACAUGGUCAUGAAGCAAAGUAACUAACUCUCUUUUAAUUAUUUGAAAAAUUCAUGUUUUCACUUGCUCAUACGCAUGUCCCGAAACAUCAGGUCAUUCGGUACAACCGCUAUAAAACAUGGAAAAUGCUGUAAUAUUUUAAAAACUUUUACUAAAUAUAAAAUGUUUGACUGUCCUUUUGCUAGCUAGCUAGCAAGCUAACUAACUAGCUAGCUAGAUAUUAGUCUGUUAGCAUUGUUUGAAAAUAUCGUCAUUCGGUAUAACCAAAAGUGUCAUUUGGUAAAACCGAAAUUUUGGUUGAACCGAAUGACUUUUUCGGUGACAAAUUUUGUCCAUCUUGUAAAAAAUGACAAAAGCAAAGUUAAUUGAUUAUAAAAAAAACACAUAAUCUCAUUGUUAACACUUAAUAAAACUUCAAAAUUAAUUAUAUCUCCGUUAUGUUUUUUUUACACUUUUAAAAACCUAAUUCGUCAAUAACCCAUGUACAUUUUCCUCCUUGGUCAACUUCUUAGAUCCCUGGGUCUUAAGUUUCAUUAUUAAACAGACGACACUCAAAUUUACAUUCAUUCAAAACCUGGUGAUACGGCUGUUGCCUUUCUUGAACAUUGUAUUUUUGAGAUAAAAAUAUGGAUGUCUUGAAAUUUUUCAGCGACAAGACUGAGGUUAUCCUCAUUUGUUCACCCCAAAAAAUACGUAAAGCUGACACUGUAACCCUAAAGGUGGAUGGCUCUGCUAUGGAGUUUCAAACUAAAUAAAAAAAUUGGGGGUGAUAUUUGAUGCAAAUUUAACAUUUGAUCCUCAUGUCCAGAAUGUGGUUAAAACUUAAUUUUUUCAUCUCAGAAACAUUGCAAGACUGCACCCCAUGUUAUCUUUCUCCGUGGCUGAAAAACUGAUCAAUACUUUUGUUUUUUCUCACAUCCACUAUUGUAAUGCUCUGCUUGCUGGGGUCUCUAAAUCUAUCCUAAACAAAUUGCAGUAUGUUCAAAACUCAGCUGCCAGAAUCCUGACAAGGUCCAGGACAAGUGAGCACAUCACUCCAAUCUUGGAGUCCUUGCACUGGCUUCU